UCUUUGGGCACCCUUGUUAACUUGGAAGCUUUAGUUUUAAGAAACAAUAGGUUAAUGGGUGAAUUGCCUUCCUCUUUAAAGAAUUGCAAGAAUUUAAUUAUGUUGGAUGUGAGUGAGAAUAUGUUGUCGGGUGCAAUACCAUCAUGGAUUGGAGAAAGCAUGCAGCAAUUGAUAAUCUUGAUCAUGCGAGGGAAUCACUUCUCUGGAAAUAUUCCCCUUCAUAUAUGUUGUUUGAAGCGUACUCAAUUGUUGGAUCUUUCCAGGAAUAAGUUAUCAGAAGGAAUUCCAACUUGCUUAAUCAAUUUCACUGCUUUGUCUAAAAACACCAUCAACAAGAUUGAAACUGAAAGUCCUGUUUAUUGGUACAAUAGUACUUACUCUGAACUUUAUAAUUUUGUAAUUGAUAGUUAUUAUUCGUUUCAUAUAACAUGGAUGUGGAAAGGUGUUGAACACGACUUCACCCGUCCAGAAUUAACUCUUCAGAGCAUUGAUCUCUCAUGUAACAAUUUAAUUGGUGAAAUUCCGAAAGAGAUUACAUACAUGGUCGGCUUAGUUUCUUUGAAUUUAUCAGGAAACAAUUUGAGUGGAGAAAUUCCUUCCAAGAUUGGAAAUUUAAGUUUACUUGAAUCCCUUGACCUGUCCAGAAAUAAAUUGUAUGGGAGAAUUCCUUCUUCUCUUUCUGAAAUGAAUUUUCUCCAAAACUUGGACUUGUCACACAAUUCUCUUUCUGGAAGAAUCCCAUUGGGAAGACACAUGGAUACAUUUGAUGCCUCUUGUUUUGAAGGAAAUGUUGAUCUUUGUGGUGAACAACUUAACAAGAGUUGUUCUGGAGAUCAGACAGUAGUAAAGCCUGAAAAAGCAGCACUCCGUGGAGAAUAUCAUGUUUUCUUUGAAGCAUUAUACAUGAGCUUGGGGAUAGGAUUCUUCACAGGCUUUUGGGGCUUAUUAGGUCCAUUGCUACUUUGGCAAUCAUGGAGAAUCACUUAUCUGAGGUUCUUGAACAGAGUGUUAGACUAUCUACUUGUAACGGUUGAAGUGAUCUUGGCAAAGCGCCAAAAGUAGAUCUAAAGACUAACAGAAUGCAAAAGUGGCUAAAAAACUAGCAGCACAAAAUUUGCAGUUUAUAAUGAUUUGCUUCAAGACUCCAUUCUGAGAUGAAAACAUUACAGAUUGUUGGCAGUGUGAGAUUUGGAGGUUGAAGUUUCAUGAAGCAAUGAAUUGAUAGUGUGUGGUUGUAUAAUCUAUUGUAAAUUUCAUUUUAAGCCAAGAAUGCAAGAUAUCCCAAUCUGUAUAUGUAAGGAAGAAUAUGAGUUAUCUCAAGAGUUUGUACUUCAUAAUCUA